AUGGACAUGGAUAUGGGAGGAAUGGACAUGGGCGGCGGUGGCGGCGGUGCUCAAUGCGUUGUCUCGAUGUUAUGGAACUGGAACACUAUCGAUGCCUGCUUCCUCGCUAGCAGCUGGCACAUCAGAUCGCGCGGUAUGUUCGCUGGCUCCUGCAUCGGUGUCAUCUGCCUCGUCAUAGUCCUCGAAUUCCUACGCCGCAUUGCUCGCGAAUACGAUGCCUUUAUCGUCCAUCGCGCGCAAAUGCGAGCCCAGUAUCUCGCCCCGGCACAGAACCCUGCAGCUUCAUCCUCAUCAGAUAGCGCCGAUGCAUCUGGGACACAGAAAUCCACAACAGCAUGCCCACCGGCAGCAUCAUCCAAAUCGAUACGCGUCCGCCCAACCCUCAUCGAACAAAUUGUCCGCGCCUUGUUGCAUAUGCUGCAGUUUGCGGUUGCAUACUUCGUCAUGUUGCUGGCCAUGUACUUCAACGGGUAUAUAAUCAUUUGCAUCUUUAUUGGGGCGUUCCUGGGCUCGUUCAUCUUUUCGUGGGAAUAUAUUGGUGGUGGAUCGAAGGAAAAUGACGCGACGGCUGUUACGAAAUGCUGUGGUUGA